AUGAGUAACCGCCGUGAGGGAGCAGCUUCAUCUCACCUCCCGGAGAGGGUCCUGUGCCGGGCACGGUGUCCCCCAGCGCUGGGACCCUGCUGCCCCCGGCCCGGCCCCGUGGUCGGCGUCGCGAUUGGAUCCCUGAAAAACCACUACUUAUUCAGACAUAAGACUCACCCAAGACGGUCCCGAAGAAGUGCUAUCCAUAUCACUAAGAGACUUUCUGAUGAUGAGCGGGUGUCAUGGGCAGAGCAGCAGUAUGAGAAAAAACGAACCAAGCGUGCCUCAGUGAGAGACUCAGCAGAAAGUCUUUUCAACGACCCCAUGUGGAAUCAGCAGUGGUAUCUGCAAGAUACAAGAAUUACUCCUUCCCUGCCCAAACUAGAUCUCCACGUUAUUCCUGUGUGGCAGAAAGGAUUUACAGGCAAGGGAGUUGUCAUCACAGUCCUAGACGAUGGACUGGAGUGGAAUCACACUGACAUCUAUGCUAACUAUGACCCAAAGGCAAGUUAUGAUUUCAAUGACAAUGAUCAUGAUCCUUUUCCUAGAUAUGACCCAACAAAUGAAAACAAGCAUGGGACGCGGUGUGCAGGAGAAAUUGCCAUGCAAGCCAACAACAGAAAAUGUGGAGUUGGAGUAGCCUACAACUCCAGGGUUGGAGGUAUACGAAUGCUGGACGGAAUAGUCACCGAUGCUAUUGAGGCCAGUUCAAUCGGUUUCAAUCCAGAACAUGUGGAUAUCUACAGUGCAAGCUGGGGCCCUAAUGAUGAUGGUAAAACUGUGGAGGGACCUGGAAGAUUGGCACAGAAGGCUUUUGAGUAUGGGAUAAACCAGGGCCGAAACGGAAAAGGCUCCAUUUUCGUGUGGGCUUCAGGGAACGGAGGUCGUCAGGGUGACAACUGUGACUGUGAUGGUUACACUGAUAGCAUCUACACCAUCUCCAUUAGCAGUGCUUCUCAGCAAGGGCUUUCUCCCUGGUAUGCAGAGAAGUGCUCUUCAACUCUGGCCACAGCAUACAGCAGCGGGGAUUAUACUGACCAAAGAAUUACAAGCGUUGAUCUUCACAAUGAAUGUACAGAAACUCACACGGGGACCUCUGCAUCUGCACCUCUGGCAGCAGGAAUUUUUGCUCUGGCACUGGAAGCCAACCCAGACCUAACGUGGAGGGAUAUGCAGCACUUGGUAGUGUGGACCUCAGAAUAUGAUCCACUGGCUGGAAAUCCAGGAUGGAAAAAAAAUGGAGCAGGACUGAUGGUCAACAGUCGAUUUGGGUUUGGGCUACUCAACGCCAAUGCCUUGGUGGAUUUAGCUGAUCCCAAGAGAUGGAAAAGUGUACCAGAAAAGAGAGAGUGUAUUGUCAAAGACAAGAGCUUUGAGCCCAGAUUAUUAAGAGCAAAUGAAGAAGUCAUCAUUGAAAUUCCCACAAAAGCCUGCGAGGGUCAAGGGAACUCCAUUGCAUCUCUGGAGCACGUGCAGCUCGAGGCAACGAUUGAAUAUUCCCGUAGAGGUGAUCUUCAUGUCACUCUGGUUUCUCCAUCAGGGACCAGCACUGUCUUACUGGCUGAGAGAGAGAGAGACAAAUCUCCCAAUGGCUUCAAGAACUGGGACUUCAUGUCUGUCCACACCUGGGGGGAAAAUCCAGCAGGCACCUGGGUUUUAAGUAUUACUGAUAUGUCCAGACGAAUACAAAAUGAGGGAAGGAUUGUAAGCUGGAAAUUGAUUUUGCACGGCACUGCUACCCAGCCUGAACACAUGAAGCAGCCACGUGUGUAUACAUCCUACAAUGCUGUGCAGAACGACAGAAGAGGAGUGGAGAAGAUGACAGAUCUUGUAGAGGACCAUACCACACUGGAGAGCCUGAGUGAAAAACCCAAAGCCACAGAAGACACCAGCAGCAGCAGUGACAAAGCAGAAGAUAAAAUCCCAUCAGAGGCCAUGCUGCAUUUACUGCAAAGUGCUUUUAGCAGACAGAUGGAUCAGAAGCAACUGCCAAGCAAGACUGCAAGCGAGAAGUCAAACAUUCCAUUUGAACACUUCUAUCAAGCCCUCAAAAAAUUGAACAAGCCCUCCCAGUUGAGAGGCUCAGAAGAAAGUCUGUACAGUGACUACGUUGAUCUUUUUUACAAUGCCAAACCUUACAAGCAUAGAGAUGACAGACUGCUGCAAGCAUUGGUUGAUAUCAUAAAUGAAGGAAAUUAACUGUAGGGUAUGGCACUGAGUUGGAAAUAUUCGUUCUCCCCACCUGUAGUUUUUUUUCCAGAGUCUGUGUAUGCUCUAGUUGUGUGAUUGCUGCUUUGAUUGCUUCAUAUUUAAUACAAAUAUCAAGGAAGAGAAAAAACGGGUGUGAGGGGAUAAGGAAGGAAAAUUACACUUUUUAGUAUUAUCUUUUUUCAAAACCUUUCUGCAGUAUAGAUUUGCCCCCUCAGGCAUGAAAUGCAAUAGGACUCCCCUGAAAACCUUAGUACUCUAUUUUAAACAAUUUUCACAUUACUUAUUCUUCCACCCUCUUCACUUAAGCAUGCAGUAGGAUUCAAAACCUGAAUUACCAAGCAGUUUUGAACCAAACUGCCAAAGCUAUGGGGAUAUAUUCUCAUCCAUGGAUUUGUCAUGAAUAUUGCAGUCUUUGUUAUAUUUGUCAUUUAUUCUGAUUUAAUACUUGCAACCAGUAUUGCUUCUGUCAUAGGUGUUUUGUUCCUUCUCCAAACAAUGCUCCCCUGCCCUUCUGUUCUCCUGUAAAGGAACAUCUGGGAGGCUGGGUUUGGACUGGGGCAUCAGUGAACACUGAUGAAGUUAUUCACAAUUUAGACUACAGACAGAAACACACCCUAAUAAAAAAGAGCCCACAGUGAGGCAUCCCAGACCAUGGGAUGGCAUUCUCUCCAGCUGCCUGGAACUUAACCAGGUGAAGUGCCUGAAUUAUGAGCCUGGUCUUUCUAGGUUGUAUGUGUUUAAUGAGGACAGAGUCUCACUUCAGAGCACUUGGCUUUCUUUUUAAUUGGUUGUGAAUCACCUGAUGGAGUACUUAAUCUAUUUGUGUCAAUCAUAUGAGCUUUGAGCUCCAGCCUCCUACCUGUGGAGCCUGAGUUCGGUCUUCAAAGUAGUACAGCUGCCUUUCUGAGAUUCUCAGAUUCCUGAGAUCUACAAGUAGUCAGGCUGAGUGGGAUAGAAGGGGUAGCUGCUGCAGAAAAGUCCAUCCACAGACUGUAAAAUUCCCAAAACAUCUAGGAAGACAAGGCAAAAUUAUCUGAGAUUGAAAAAACAAAAAAACAAAAUACCUUGAGAAGGGUGAGCAUGGGUUGAGGCAGAGGUGGCUGUCAGAAAGCAACUAGGGUGAGAAGCUCCCUAACAUUAGCAGUUUUACGCACAUACCUCUUUAAAGAGACUAAAACUUAUAUAUUGUUUUGCUUUGAAUAAUUAAAAAAAAAAAAAAGCCAUGCUGGAUGCUCAGAAAAGGUAGGGGAUCUAGAACAAGGAAAUGAAGAUUCCUAGGGGAUAGUUAUGUCAUUGAAAUGCUAAAGAAAACACAAAAAAGUGCUGACUGCUUUUUACUUCCUCUUAUCUACUAUUGAAAUGUGUUUUGCAGACUCUCUAGAAAUAUUUGAUUGGAUUCUUCUUCACUGUCUAUUCCUUAAAAUUAUGCAAGUGUCUCUAAGACAGGAAUUUUACAUUUUGCUCAUAAUCCAUCAGAUCAAAUAAAAGUUUCAAAAGUUUUCACACUAAAUUCUGUAAUUCAAAGGUUAACCUAUUUACUGCAACUUAUUAAGUCUUCUGUGGAAAAAAAGGACUAAAGACAACCUUGAAAAUUAUCUUACCAAAUGUAAGACUCAGAAAAACAUUCUUUGUGGUAGCUUUAUGCCUGUCUUGGGCUUAGUCUGCCUUUUUGAUAGUUUUAAGGAUUCUUUAAUAUUCUUCUAGUCAACAGUUGAAGGCUAUUCCACUAUUGAAUGUCUCUUGUAUUGAAUUGCUCCCUCUCUACUAAGAAAUUUGCUUAGGAAGAGAAGUCAUUAAAAAAAAAAUAUCCCUUCAAGUGGUCCAUAUCAGAAAGCUUUCCCUUUGCUGUCCUUUCCAAGCAAAAGCUUUCUGGCAAUGCAUAACUAAUGAACAAGCAAACCAUGAAAAUUUCUAAUUGCUGCUAUUACAGAAUGAGAGCACUUAUUUUCACUAAUAUUUAAUUUUCAGAAUAGACUCAUCUGGUGAGGUAAGGGCCACUUUUAGUCCUGUGCAACGAAGCUUAGAGGCUGGUUCCCUCAGAUAACAACAAAUUCAGCCAGUCCUCAUUCAGGUAUAUUACAGUGAGGAAAGUACUAACAACACUCCAUUAGGCCUUGAAAGAAAUUUUCAGGUUAAAAGGGUGGGAAACAAAAGACCCUCCUUUGUUUUAAGAUCAGUUCCUAUGCUGUAGCCAAAGUUUCAACAGAGGAAAAGUUUAAAAUCUCUGUUUUGAAUGUUUCCAACCCAGAUCAGCUUGUACAGGAGUAAAUUAUUUUUAUUGUUAGUCUUUCCUUGGUGCCUGUGUGGAUUUUGUGAAAAAUGUAAAAGUAAAAAAAAAAAAGUUUUCUCUCAGAAUUUUAAAUUAUAUUUUCGUUACAGGUAUUUAUAAUAUAGCAAAGAUUUUAUUGAACAGACAGAAUUUUAAAAGGCAUAAUAAAUAAUAUUGAAGAACCAGAUUUUUUCUUGAGAAAGAGACAAUUUCAUCCAAUAAACAUAUUUUUUAAAAGGCAUGUUACAACAGCAACCGCAACAUGUAUGUGAUGUGAUGUUAAAAUUUGUCUACUAGUAGCAUAAUACAAUGUGUUAGCAGAGCUCAGUGUGUGGUCUUAACAUUUGUAAAGAAAACAGUAAGAAAAAGUCAAGGUAUUGACUUAAAAGGAACAGGAAAUUGAGUUUAAAAUGAAAAAUAAUGGCUUGGGGAAAUAACUAGGGGUUGGGUGGAAAAAAAUGUGAAAUGUAUUGAAAAUGAGGGCUUUCAAGGGAUCUCUUCAUCAGUAACACUCACUUGUUUCCUCCUCAGAGCUGCAGCCAAGAAAGGUUUGCUGUGGACAACAGAGACAGCAGUACUGUCUGUAAUUCAGACAGUUAAAAAUAUUCUGCCUAUUUAAUACACAGAUGUGUGUGUCAGAAGCUCUAAAAUGAAAUAAUGCAGCAAAAAGGGUCAGGGGGUCAAGGUAAACACAGGGGUCUUCACUUCCUUCCAUGAAAACAGUUGAAACAUUUGUUGUUCCCUCCACCACUACUCACGUUUCAGGCCAGCAGAGAAACAAGCCCUUAAACCCCUAUGCAUUGUAAAUAGUGUAACCAACUACCUCUCAAUUACAAAAUUUGCUUUGUCAAAUGCCCUAAGGAUAAAUAAAACACUUUUGCUGUGAUUUCAAGGGAUACUUUCCCUUGGGAGAAAUACUUACAGUAAAUGUGCACAGAAAAUGGGUUUCUGAAGUAACAUUUAGAAAAGAGAGAAAUCUAAGCCUAAAUUAGAGCAAACUACCACGCUAAACAGUAUUUUUUUCUCACAAGUUGACUGGGUUUUGAAAUGCUGCAUUCGAACUUUCUACCUUCACCAGCUUUGAGUUACCCAAGCAGAGUUUCUGGUCAGUCACGUCUUGUAACUCCAAACUUGUUAGUUUUCAGAUGAGCAUCCUCUUUCUUACCUCUCCCUCUCCUCUUCACUCUGAAAACAAACAUAAGCAUUUUCAGUGAACAGAAGGCUAUUUUAAGAGAGAAAAACGAGGGGCCUUACAAAUAAAAUGCUAUCUCUAGUAUUUAUUAUUGCAUUAUCUCAGUGUCAUAGAUUAAACGAGGAUGUGGUCUGUUUGUUAAAACAGCACAUUCAAGGGAGGGGGAAACACCUGAUUGUUCCUUGUUUUUUGUGCACGGAUCACUCGUGGAGGUGAUAGUCACAGUUAACUCCUUGUGCAUAAGAACAGCAGGAGGGACUGCCCUGUCCAAGGGUCUUCUUCUGCAACAUUAAGCCAGUUAUGCCACUGCAGUUUUCCAAACAUCACAAAGCUAAGGAAAGUUGGCAUCUGAGUUAGUUCAGCUUUGAAAAUAAUUAUAGACGAAAAAUUACAGGGGGAAAAAAAAAUAGUUAAUAUAUAACACAGCCUAAACCCUUUCUGUUUGAUCAAGUAUUUCUUUUCAGGAAGUCCAUUUUCAAAGCUCUGAGGAGCCAUUCCAUUCACAACAGUGUUUCAGAAAAGGAAAACUCUAGAAAUGUGUAUUUUGCUUGGAAUCAAUUGGCUAUCUGGUAUUUCUAACUGCAGACUGAAAAGAUUCAAACUCCAACCCUACUUGGCACUAAUAAAGCUAAUUUCUGUGAA